UAUUGUGACUGCGUACAGACCCCUAAACAACCUGGAAACCUUGACACCACACUGCGACUGUGACUGCGACUGCGUUGUACUUGCAUCCUCGUCGUCGCUGUACAAUCCACCAACACAUCUGCACAUCCCUACACAGAGAUGCGGUCAAUAUCAGCGGUCAUUGCCCUAGUGGCAGGCGUGGUAUCUCAAGUCUCCGCUACCGCUUUGACCUACAAACUCGGGGCCAGCGAAAGGGCAUGCUUCUUCGCCGAUGUGCAACGCCAAAACGCCAAAGUUGCAUUUUACUUUGCUGUCCAAUCAGGCGGAUCCUUUGAUGUCGACUACAGUGUAGUUGGGCCUAACGACAAGAAAAUCAUGGAUGGCCAGAAAGAGCGGCAGGGAGAUUUUGUCUUUACCGCGCAGAACGUGGGCGAAUACCGCUUCUGCUUCAACAACGAGAUGUCUACCUUUGCUGAUAAGAUGGUGGACUUUGAAGUCGCAGUCGAAGAUGAAUCCAAAUCCGCCCUCUUACCUCAGAAAGCCGGGUCCAGCCCCGAACAACACUCGGCCCUUGAAGACUCCAUCUUCAAAGUCAGUGGUCAACUGAGCACCAUCAGCAGAAUGCAAAAAUACUUUCGCACGAGAGAGAACCGAAACUUCAGCACCGUCCGCAGCACCGAGCAGAGGAUAUUCAAUUUCAGUCUGGUCGAGGUGUUUAUGAUGGUGGGCAUGGCCGUGCUACAGGUUUUGGUCGUUCGGUUCUUCUUUCAAGGCGCGCGGAAAGGUUAUGUAUAGGCUGUCCACAAGGCCCCCCUAUAUUUCAAAACCAUUGGAGGCUAUCAGCAAGAUUAUUAUACACGUUCCAGCGUCCUAUAUAGCAUGAUCACGACGAUAGCCUCGGAGAUUCCCUCUUGGUGGGAAGGACUCCCUACGGCAAAAUGGAAUGCGUGUACACAGCGUCAAAAGAUCAUCGACGUUCCAUUAUUAUUCCUGAUACGUAUCCUAGUCACUUUACUCUGACAAGGAAACAAGGAAGCAUGACUAUGUUCACCACGGUGGAGCUGCUUUCCAAAAAGUUGUCUGAUGUUCUGAAGAGGCUACAUGUCCAAUCAAUCAGGGCGUGCGGAAUGUCUAAGCAACCCGAGUCCUCCCUCCGUGGUUCUGUCUUGUGUUGAUCGAUGACGCCCUUUCCGUAGUAGUUGCUGUAUCACGUUCUUGAUACUCGUCUCGCGCCAAAUGAUAAUACGAUGGGC